CUGCUCUCUCCCUCCGUACAGGCGCAGUGUGUGUGUGUGCAGCGUCCGCACUGAAUGGACUAGAUUCCCAGCCACGUAAGAAGCACAGCGGCACCACGGGAGUGAGAGGAUGUCCUGCUGAACCAAGGGAUUGGCCUGGGAAAGUCGGCCGGCCGUCCCUUCCUUCCUUCCUUCCUACCUUCCUUCCUUCCUUCCAUCAUCAGCUUACAGCAGCAGGCACACAGCACAGGCGACACUUUUCUUUCCACUGGACUACACCGAGGGCGACAGAAAAGGAGAGAGGACGUCGACUCCCGCACACAAAGAGCUACAGUUUUCUCUCCCCCCCUCCCUCCGGAUGGGGUUUUCUCCUUCUGUGGUAGAUGACAAUCACCGUGCAUGGCUCUGAUCCCGGGGAACGAGGCCGUGCACUGACCUAGUACUAGUUAGCUCUGCACCUGCUAGCCAUCAUCUGACAAAUUUCUGCUAAAUCCAGCAGCUAGAAAUAGCUUGGGGGUGGGGGGGAACUUGCUUCGUUUAUUUAGCUCGUGCAAUUUUUUUUUUUUUUUUUUUUUUUUUUUUUAUAACUUUCUACGUGCCUGCAAGUUGUAUCCAGCAAAUUGUUUCCGUUUUAUGAAACGUGCCAUUAACAUUAACCGGUGAGAUAAACUGUGGGUCAACUUAGCACCAUUCAUUCAUUUUCAAGGCUGACUUUUGGUUGCCUUUGUUGCAGUUUUUUUUCCGUGCCUGCCGGUGUUGCCGUUCAUGAAAGUGCAGCACGUCCGUGCAAAAAAAAAAAAAAAGCUGCUCAGUCGACCUGGUUUGUAAUUUCAUUUCACCCUAGCCUUAUCCCUUGAAUGGGAAAACAAAGGGGGGCAGACGAACAGCGCAGGAUAAAAGACCUACAUUUAUUUUUUUAGUUGCAUGAAAUCCAACGAGCCAGGUUUUGCCUGUUGAUAGCCGGCUACAUUCUCCAGCGGUGAGGUGCAAUCUAAAUCAGUUCGCCCGCAAACAGCGAAGUGGUGCCCGGAUCCAGGAGGAGGAGGAGGAGGCGGCGAAGACCAAGGAGGAAGGCCCCCGGCUUCGUGGAGUUAUCGCACUUAUUCCUCAUGAACAUACAGAGGUCAAAUCCUAUUAACAUUUCACGUUAUGGGAGAUCGCGGCACAAAUCGCACGAUUUCGAAGAUUUGUCUUGCUUGAGGACUACAGAUUCGAGCCAGAGCUUCAGUCCCAACCUCGGGUCCCCCAGCCCGCCGGAGACCCCGGACUCCUCGCACUGUAUUUCCCGCAUCGGGGACUACCUUUUGUUGGAGCCACUGGAGGGAGACCACGUUUUCAGAGCCACCCACCUGCACAGCGGGGACGAGCUCGUAUGUAAGGUUUUUGACAUCGGCCGAUACCAGGAAUCUCUGGCGGCCUACUUUGCCCUGGGCCAGCACCAGCACAUCAACCAAAUCCUGGAAAUUUUGCUCGGGGAGACACGAGCCUACGUGUUUUUCGAGAGGAGCUAUGGCGACAUGCACUCUUUUGUCCGCACCUGCAAGAAGUUGCGAGAGGACGAAGCUGCCAGGCUCUUCUAUCAGAUAGCCUCGGCUGUGGCACAUUGCCACGACAACGGACUGGUACUCCGCGACCUCAAACUGAGGAAGUUUGUCUUCAAAAAUGAGGACAGGAGCCUGGUGAAGCUGGAGAGCCUCGAGGACACUUAUAUCCUGGAUGGUCAUGACGAUUCCCUCUCAGACAAACAUGGCUGCCCGGCCUAUGUCAGUCCGGAGAUCCUCAAUGCCAACGGCAGCUAUUCGGGGAAGGCCGCGGACGUCUGGAGCCUGGGCGUCAUGCUUUACACCAUCCUCGUGGGGCGCUACCCCUUCCACGACGUUGAGCCCGGCUCCCUGUUCAGCAAGAUUCGCAGGGGCCACUUCAACAUCCCCGAGACGCUGACCCCCAAGGCCAAGUGCCUCAUCCGCUCCAUCCUCCGCCGGGAGCCGGCGGAGCGCCUCACCUCCCGGGAGAUCCUGGAUCACCCGUGGUUUGUCUCCUCCGGGGCGCUAGGGGGUGCCGUGGCGCACGGCAGAGGCGAGAGGGAGCAGGAGCAGACGGUGCCCGAGGUGAACAUGGAGGAGGAGCUGGAGCGCUUCUUCAGCUGAGCGGACGCCAAGCACAAAACGGACGACUCCGCCACGGUCGGCUCGCCACAGUCACAGCAGAGCCAAAAAAAACAGUAGUUUAGAGAUAAAUAGGUGAAUUUGUCACUCAUAAUAAAGGUGUUUCCAUCCUGUUUCCUUUUCCACCAUUUCAUGGAAAACCUUGAGCCUGGCAUGACAAAUGGCAUCUAUCUAUACAUCCCCUGGCGAUGCACGCCCCGAUCGGGGACCGCUGCCGCCGGACAUGCAAGUUGCAAACAAUGUAGCAAAUGUUGUUGUUGGAUCUAUUUGGUUUGAUGUGGUGCUCAUAAAAGUAGACACAUUCACCAUUUUUUGACACUAUGGAAAGCAUGAAGGGACAUACGAACACAGGAAAACCAAGGACAACAAUUCAAAUGAACUGACAAUACCUUUUCUAACAGGUCUUUCUUUCGUCAUAGCUUUAGGCUGGUGAUAACCGAAACCACAGACCCAGAGUCAGACAUGACGAACCCGACAAACGCAAGGAGAUCGUCCCUGACCUGGGACCAGCGGUUAAAACACGGAGCAGCUUAGGCUUUUUUUUCUCAUCACCCAUACGCUGACCUCGCCUUUGUUUUCAUGGUUUUGUUUGUGUCACUCAUUCACUCGUCACAGUUUUACAUUAUUUAAUAUUCCGACAAAGUCACCAAACUCCUCGUUUUCUGUCAUAUUUCUUUCUUAAGCAUAUACCACAAGUGUUUUUAUUGUUAUUUUUUUUUCUCUCUCAGUACUUUGUAAACCAUUCGUUUUUGUCGUUAAGCUAUUCCCAUCUGUUGUUACUGCUGCGUAAAUGCCACUCCCUAAACCUCAAUCUUAAAACCGUUUUCUUGGUAAAUCUCCCAAACAUGGCAUCAGUGCACUCGAUGCGUCAGGUGAAUGGACGGUUCCGCCUCUUAAAAUUAGAUUCCCUCUAUUUAAAUUCAUCCUUCAGUUUGUAGGAACCAGAACAUGACAUUUAUUUAAAGUGUAACAGCUAUAUAUAUAUAUAUAAAAUAAAUAAAUAUAAAUAUAUAUAUAUAUAUUUAAAACUACAUUGCAGGAUUUUUCUUUAUCCAGAGAUUCCUUUUUCAUGUAUGAUGUAGGCAAUACCUUGACACAGGACAGAAGAGGAAAAAAAAAACAAAAAAACGUCUGUCUGAAGUUUGGAAAAUAUCUUCUGUGCCAGUAUUCCUGGGGCCCCAACAGCCCAUGCCACCCAGUCUCCCUCGUUUCUUUAAAAAAAAGAAGAAGAAGAAGAAAAAAAAAAACUUGAUACGAGACAUUCAGUGAUAGUAUUGCUAUGACAUGCUCACUCCAGAACCUCAUGUUAGUUUUCUACUGCCUGCGUAGGUCCUGGCAAACGACCAUGCUCGGAAUGGGUACCGGUGGACAUGUCUCGUCGUAUCUCGGUGUUACUUGAAUUUGUGUUUUUAAUCUAGUCAUCGGCAUGUGCUCCAUUGAAUGCUAUAGCCUGCCUAGCGAGGGUGGGAGGUGGGAAUAGGAGGGGUUGCUUGUUUUUUUUUUUUUGUUUUUUUUUUAAGAAAAGUUGGAAAAAAUAACACGAGAAUUCUCAAUUUGCUACUUUUCUGAGUUGCUUUUCGAUUGAAAAAAACAAACAAUUUGCUUUCAUUUUUUUUGUAGACUGAGCUACCUUUUUAUUUAAGUUGGUGCUUAUUUGGUGCUAAUGUUUAGUCCUUUUUGUUUCAUGGAGGGGGGUGGUGCAUGGUGGGAUAUCUGCCUCAGAUGUUCUGAUUGUAUCGUAACAGAUUCUGGUGUUUUUUGUCCAAAAUUUAUUCAGUAAAUAAAUUGUGAACUGCUA